GCCAGUGCCGGUCCGACCAAUCCGAGCGGCGGCUGUAAUGCGCCCAACGAAAACAAAUGCGUUUCAAAUUCAAACGGCUGCAGACCAGGAAGGAAGAAGUCCACCACAGACCCGAGCCACGGCGGGAAGAGUUAUGAGCGGCAAAGAGAACGCGUUGUCUCGUCUGCCGAUAAUGUCGGCAAAGCGUCCGGCAGCGGCAGCUUCCAGCAACACCAGCGGCAGCAGCAUGGAGAGCACGGGCCAACCAGCCCAGAAGAAGCAGCGCCGGGAGGCGGAGCCGGCGAGGCCCAAGGCGGCCCUCAGCACGGCGCCCGUCCGCCGCCCGCCCGCCGCCAGCGUCUCCCGGGCGCCGCGGGCCACGGGUGCUGCCACGGUGGCCGCCGCGCCGUCCAGAGGCGUCCUCAGGAAGACCGUGGCGUCGGUGGCGCCGAGGGGCGGGGCCAGGCCGGCGGCGGCGGCGUCCUCCUCUAACAAAGCAGGGGCAGGCGGGGCUGUGGCGGCGGCGGCGGGCGGGCGGCGGCCGGGCUGGGACAUGCGGGGGAAGGUGAGCGACAUGCAGGCCAAGCUGCAGUCGCUCCAGAGCCGCGACCGGACGGCGAAGGAGGAGACUCUGGAGCUCCGGGGCGCCGCGGCCUCCGCCCAGCAGAGGGCAGCGCAGCUGGGCGAGGAGCUGGAGGGCCAGAGGGGCCAGCUCUCUGCGUACCGGGGCGAGCUGGCGGAGGUCCGCGGGGAGCUGGAGCGCGAGGCGUCGGAGCGGCGAGGGCUGCAGCGGGAGCUGGGCGGCCUGCAGGAGGCGCACAAGGUGGUGCUGACGCUCCGCGACAGCCAGGAGCUGGAGCUGCAGGCCGGGAGGGCCAAGCUGCUCGCGCAGGGGUCCAGCCUGGAGCUGCUCCAGGCCAGCCUGCAGCAGCUCCAGGCCAGCCUGCAGCAGCGGGAGCAGGAGGUGCGGCUCCUGCAGGAUACGGUGGGCCAGCAGAAGGACGCGCUGCACGCCGGCGAGAUGGAGCGACGGCAGCUGCACAACACGCUGCAGGAGCUGAAGGGGAACAUCAGGGUCUUCUGCAGGGUGCGCCCCCUGGUCGGCGGAGGCCCCAGCCCCCACAUCCUGCUGCCCCCCGACGACCACAAGGCCCUGGUCCUGGCCAGGUCCGAGGAGUCUCACGUGGGCCGGACGGGGGACACCCAGAAGACCUACAACUUCAGCUUCGACCGCGUGUUCGGCCCCAGUGCCAGCCAGCAGGAGGUGUUUGAGGAGAUCUCCCUGCUGGUGCAGUCUGCGCUGGACGGCUACAACGUCUGCUGCUUCGCCUACGGCCAGACGGGCAGCGGCAAGACCUUCACCAUGGAGGGGGGGGACUCUGACGCGGCGGUGGGCGUCAUCCCCCGCGCCGUGCAGCAGGUGUUCCUGGCGGCGCACAAGCUCGGCGCCCAGGGGUGGGAGUUCUCCUUCACGGCGAGCUUCGUGGAGGUCUACAACGAGAGCCUGCGGGACCUGCUGUACACCGGCAAGGGCGGCAAGCGGCCCGAGCACGAGAUCCGCAAGUCGGCCGCCAACGAGAUCAGCGUCACCAACCUCACCUACCAGAAGGUCGCCACCGAGGGACAGGUGCAGAACCUCAUCGCCAUAGCCAACCAGAACCGCUCCACGGCACAGACCACCCUGAACGACCGCUCCUCGCGCUCCCACUCGGUGUUCCAGCUGGACAUCCAGGGAGAGAACGCCGGCCGCGACGUCCGCUGCAAAUCCACCCUGUGCCUGGUGGACCUGGCGGGCAGCGAGCGCGUGCUGAAGAGCCAGGCCCAGGGCGAGCGCUUCAAGGAGAUGACGGCCAUCAACGGCUCCCUCUCCAACCUGGGCCUCGUCAUCACCGCCCUGGCCAACAAGGAGAGCCACAUCCCAUACAGGAACUCGAAGCUCACCUACCUGCUGCAGAGCUGCCUGGGAGGGAAUAGCAAGACCCUGAUGUUCGUCAACAUUGCGCCGGAGCCAGACAGCUUCGGCGAGUCCCUGAACUCCCUGCGCUUCGCCAGCAAGGUGAACGACUGCUUUGUUGGAACAGCAUCCGCCAACAAGAAAUAAGCUGUUCUUUUUGAAAAACCUUUUUGUUGCAUAUUUUAACAUGUGAUUUUUCUAAUAAACAUUAUUUUAGUAGCGCUGUGUUGUUGCAUUGUGCUUACACUGUAUUAAACCCUGUUUUAGCGAUGUAACGCAGUAGUGAGUAUAGCACAAUAUGAAGAAUCUGUACCCAAUGCGUGAUCAGUUUGUUUAUCCAAAUGUCCUAAAGAGCAUAAGGAUUAUAGACCUAACAAUAUCUUGUUAGUUUAACCAAAGAGAAACUUGACCCCUGUCAGUUUGCUUAUAAACAGGGCUGCGGCACAGAGGAUGCGGUCGCCACACUGGUCCACCUGAUUACAAAACAUCUAGAUCAGUCUAGGGACAACUAUGCAAGGGUGUUGUUCUUGGACUUUUCUUCAGCCUUCAACACGAUAGUCUGAUAUAUUGGUGUCAAAGAUGGUCCAGUUAGAACUGAAUCCAUAUUUGAUUCACUGGUAUGCAUGUUUCUUAACCAACAGAGUACAGAGAGUAAAGGCGAACAGAACCCUAUCCAUGUUGGACAACCACUUCAGGAGCUCUAUACUUCCACGUAUGACAACAGCAUGCUGAGGUUGGCAAAAAACAUCACCUCAAACACUAGUCAUGUUUUGUAUAGUGAAUACAGGUUAUUGCCCUCAGGAAGGGGAUACGAGGUACCUCUUUUCAAGAAGGUUAGACUAAAGUAUUUUGUCCAUCAAUCGACUUUGAUGCUAAACCGGAGAUAGGCGAAGUGGUGGACAAUGUGCUCUCGACUAUCUGUACCCAUGUAUGUACAUUUGUUGUGUUUCAAUGUGUCAUGUCAAUGUGUGUAAUUCAUGUUUUCUGUUUUUACAUGCAACGGCUGAUGGGUCGCAAAGCAAAUUUCAGCACUGCUGACGAAUAGAGUUCAUAUAUCAUAUCCAUCUCACUAUAAUAACUUUAUAAUGUGUAUUUCUGGUUGAGACCAAAGUAAAGGACUAGCUUGUAAAGAGAAAAGUGAGUUGGUAGUGUCCAACGUCCUUCGGUCUAAAUGUCUGAUGGUCUUUUAUUAAACAGAAUCAAGUCACUGA